UUUAAUGAUCGAACCGACAGAAAGUGAGGACAAAGCAGAAUUGGAUCGGUACUGUGAUUCUUUGAUUGCAAUCAAACAAGAAAUAGAGCAAAUAGCUAAAGGACAACUACACAUUGAUCUCUACAAAGUAGGGAUGAAAAUAUUGAACUACUUAUUUUUGUAUAUUCAGAAUGCCCCACACACACAAGCAGUUUUGAUGGCCGACAUUUGGGACAGACCUUACAGUCGAGAACAAGCUGGUUGGCCAAAGCCAUGGUGUCUUACUCCAAGGAAGGUAUGGCCAUCCUGUGGAAGAAUUGAUGAUUCUUUUGGUGAUAGAAAUUUGGUAUGCAUGUGUCCUUCCGUUGAAGAAUUGGCACAUCAAUAA